AUGUAUAACAUUAAAAUUUCUCCCAAACUGAAAUCAGAUGACAGGUCGAUUAUGAAUUAAAUAUUGAAAGAAGAGGCCUUUUUCCUAAAUCAAAAGCAAGGCGAUAUACAUUCAUUUGUCUUAGAUGAUGAUUAAGAUUAGCUUCUUAAUAAAUUAUUAAAUGUUCAUAAGAUGACCAACAUUGACAAGGAGAACUAUACUAAGCAUAUUAGCUAUUGUGUAAGAAAUUUAGGACAAAAAUCAACCGAUAAGUUGCCAAUGAUUAUGGAAAAAUAUAAAAAUGAAGAUGAAAGAUUUUAAAUAAUGUUUAUCGAAUAACUUAAUUUGAUAUAUGAGGCAUCUUUAUAAGCUCAGUAACCUGUCAUACAAAUUUUGAGCUUUUUCUUGUUGAAUAGCAUUUUGAAAAUCAAAGAGUUGGCAGGUUCAUAAUUGACUAAGAUUGCUCUUCAUUUAUAAGGAGAUGAGAAAGGAAAUUAGUUGUUACCAAUCAUAAUAAAGAUGGCGCAUGAUGAUCUCAAUCAGGAUAAUAGAAUAGUGGCAUUGUAAUUAAUGGGGAAGCUCUCAUCAAUGUUUGGGAUAUAAUUAAGCGAGUCUUUUAUAGCUUUUGAAGUGAUGUCUCUUGGAGAGGAUUCAAAAUAAGAUGUGAGAAAAGAGGCAGUUAAUCAAUUGCCCUUGGUUGCAAAAGUGGUUGGUAAAGACUUUUUUAAUAAGAAAUUGUUCCCAUUCUACAUGAAAAGAUGUAAGGAAACAAAUACAAAAGUAAAGACUGCAUGUGUGGAACAUUUUUUGUAAAUUGUAGAAUUGUCAUCUCAAAAUUAAAAAACUGCUGAUCUCACAGCUUAAUUAUUAUAAUUCUAAAACGAUUCUAAUAAAUAUGUUAAGGGAGUAGCAUAUAGAUGUUUGGCUAGAUUUAUUGCAGCUAUUGAAAAAGACAAAAUUGAACCAAGACUAAUUGAAAAUUAUUUGAAAAUGGCUGAUUCCGAUAUAAGAGAAUUGUUACCUGAACAGUAAGUAAUGUUUGCAUGUGCGUAUGGUUUUCCCGCAGUGUUAUAAACAGUUGGAGUCGCAAGAUGGUAAUAAUUGCAUAAAUUAUUUAAUCAUCUAUGGAAACAAAAGAAUGAAAGAAUCUGUAAGACUUUGGCAGCUAGUCUCCAUGAAAUUGCUAAAAUCAUAGGAGCAGAGAAAGCUGAAAUAGACUUGUUUCCUGUUUUAGAGACCAUUUUUGUAAAAGAACCAAAUGAUAAUGUGCUAAUGGGUUGUGUUAAGAAUUUAUCACAGUUUUUGAAAAUAUUUUCAGAUGAAAAGAAGGAGGCAUUUUUAGAAAUAUUUUUUUUCAUUUAGAGGGAUUUAAAAAAGUGGAGAAUCAGAGAAUCAAUUGCAAAUCAAUUAGAUGAGAUGGCUCUCAUCUUUCCAGCAGAAAUCAUAUUUAGAAUGAUUCUUCCUAUUGCUUUCAAGCUUUGUACUGACAAUGUGGCAUAAGUUAGAAAAAUAGCAUCUUCUAAAAUCUAUGCAUUUUUUUAAGGUAUCAAAGAUUCGCCAUUGUCUGAAUAAUAUCAAACCUUCAUUAUUGAAAGCAUGAUAGGUUUUUAAAAGUCAUCAGUGUUUUAUCAAAGAUAAUCAUUUAUUUAAAUGUGUUCUAAAAUCAUGCAAUUUGAGGAUGCCAUCUUUUAAUAGCAUCUUCUAAGACCUUUACUAGAAUUAGCAUAAGACAAAGUUUAGAGUGUCAGAUAUAUGUUAUACAUGGCUUUAGAGAAUUAUUUAAAAAUCUAGGGACGACAGCAAGAAAAUCCAUAAUUAUUAGAGGUGUUCAAUUAACUAUCAAAUGACAAGACUAUUAAAUCUCUUGUAAAAUAUAAACCAACUUUGGAAGUUUAAGCCAAGGAGCCUGAAUCAAAAUAAUAGGAAAAUCUACUGCCUAAUUCAGAAAUGAUUAGUUAGGAACCAUAGUUAGAAGAAAUUGAUGAUGAUGAAAUUCCACAAAGAAUAGUAUAAGAAGAACCAGAUAUCUUGAAAUAGUUGAGACAAGAAAAAUAAGAAUUUAUCAAAAAAUAGGAGGAAAUCUAGAAGGAAUAAUUAGAGAAGGAAUCAGAUGAAAAAUUAAUUGAACAAGUUAGUUAAAUAACUAUUAAUGAAAAUACAGAAGCAAAUGAAUUUAAUGAUUAACCUACUCAAUCUGUUGAUGAUUCUUCAGAUUAAAGCAUUAAAAAUAAUGAGUCUCAAGAAUUAUAAUAGUUUGAAUAAUUGUAAGGAUAAGGUGAAUAAUAAUAAAAGGAGAAUGAUGGAUUAUAAUAAAAUGAAGAAUAUGAAUAAGGAUCAUAAAAUGAUUAAAAAGAGAUAAAUACUGAAGAAGAUGCUUCAUAACUUUGA